AUGAUCAUCGUGGGCGCUGGCCCGUCGGGCCUACUGCUGGGUAUCCUUCUGGCCAAGCAAGGGGUCAAGGUUUCAAUCCUCGAGGCAGCAGGCGAACUGGACAAGAAUCCCCGAGCGGCUCACUAUGCCCCUUCAGCCGUCUACGAGUUGAAUCGGGCGGGCGUUCUCGACGAGGUCAAGAAACAGGGGAUCCAUCCCGAUGCCGUCUGCUGGCGCCACCCGGACGGCACGUUCAUCGCGGGCAUCCGGAGUCGGUUCGACAUCGAAUUCCCCAUGGUCUGCCUGCCCCUGGAUCAACUCGACGUCAUCCUCCUCCAGCAUUUUCUGGCGCAACCGGGCACCGAGAUCUUGUGGCACCACAAGGUCGUCUCGAUCGACCAGGACGAAAACGAGGCGAGGGUCCACGUCGAGACUCCCGAGGGGAACAAGACGUUCGGCGCCGACUACAUCGUCGGAUGUGACGGGGCAAACAGCCAGAUCAGGCGGUCGCUCUUUGGUGACCUGAACUAUCCCGGGGAGACGUUGCAGAAGCAGAUCAUUGCCACCAAUGUAUAUUACGACUUCCACAAAUUCGGGUACUGGGACUCGAAUUUCAUCAUCGACGAAAAUGACUGGUACAUGGCAGCAAGGAUCACCCAAGAUGGCCUGUGGAGAGUAACGUACGGUGAUGUAUGGGGCCUGUCGAACGAGGAGUAUCUGGCAAGACAGCCCGAACGGUACGAGAAAAUCCUGCCUGGGCAUCCGAAGCCGGGAGAUUAUAAGCUCGUCAGCGCCAGUCCGUACAAGCUACAUCAACGAUGCGCAGAUUCGUUUCGAGUGGGGAGAUUUUUGCUCGCCGCCGACGCUGCUCAUUUGUGCAACCCCUUCGGUGGGCUGGGUCUAACUGGCGGAAUCGCCGACGUAGGGAGCUUGUUUGAUGCUCUCGUGGCGUUGAAAGAGGGAAAGGCGGACGACAGCAUUCUGGACAAGUACAGCGAAGUCCGGCGCAAGAAAUGGGCCGAAAUUAUCGACCCUAUGUCUCGAGCGAAUUUCCGGCGUGUCUGUCUAGACGAAGCCGAGUCGGAGAGACAAGAGUUCUGGAAUCUUUGCAAAAAGAUGGAAGAGGAUGACGAACUGGCGCGCCAGAUGGCACAGGGAACGAAUAUUUUGCGAGAAGAUUUUCGGGAGUAUGUGACGGCUGGUGCAGCGUAG